AUGACGCAUCCUGUGAAGGAGUUUGUCCGACGCAUUUCAACUUUAGACAUUGAACAAUAUCCAGAAUGGAACCUGAAUGCUCCACUACCACGUCUACCGGUUCCCAAGCUCAAAAACACUUUGGACCGUUAUCUUCGUUUGGUGGCACCAGUCGUUGCACCAGAUGCUUAUGAGCGCACGAGGAAGAUAGUAGAGGAGUUUGGCCGACCAGGCGGUGAAGGAGAACGUCUACAAAAACUUCUUGAAGAGUUUGCAGAAAAGCAGCUCAACUGGGUCACGGAUUGGUGGCUGGACGAUAUGUAUCUAAUGAACCCACUGCCAUUGCCUAUCAACUCUAGUCCGGGCAUGGUGUUUCCCAGACAUUCAUUUAUCAGCAGUCGGCAGCAGCUCAGAUUUGCGGCUCAGUUAAUCUCUGGUAUUUUGGAUUACAAAACCAUCUUGGACACCUUACAAUCGUUUUUUCUAGUCAGGUGA